CUUGGCUUCAACAUGGUUCACAACAAAGAGCCUUUAUCCGAGUCUGGGAUCUACCGUUAUGCCAGAGCAGCUUCCGCAGUGCUGACCCACUUUAUCUGCAUUGCUUUCACUGUUCUCAUUACACUUCUGUCUCGACCGGGUACAAGUUGGUUUUCCUGGCAUCCGUUCUUCAUGACACUGGCUUUCUUCUUCUUCAUGACAGAAGCCAUACUCCUCUUCUCCCCCCAUGGCUCCCCCAUCAAAACGCUUCCACACAAGACCAAAGGCCGCGUUCACUGGGUCCUGCAGUGCCUUUGUGCGUCCUGUGGAGUCCUGGGUCUGGCAGCCAUCUUUUACAACAAACACCUGAAUGACAAAUCACACUUCACCUCAUGGCAUGGUCUGCUGGGCCUGAUCACAGUGUGUGCAGUUGUGCUGCAGUGUUUGGCAGCUGUGCCCCUCAUCUACCAUUCUCUGGCCAAAGGCUGGUCGCUGGCCAAACUCAAACGUUACCACGCAGCAUCUGGACUUGUCACCUACCUGCUUGGCAGCACCAGCCUGCUCCUUGGCCUCUGCUCUACCUGGUUCACUGCUUUUGUCGGAGAAUACACCUGGUACCUGGUAGUACUCUGCCCUGCUCUCAGCACCCUCGUCAUAAUGAACCAAAUCACAAAUGCUUACAUGGCUAGGAAAAGGUCGCAGUCCUGACCGAGGACAUGAUAUCAGCACUUCGACAAAACUGUCACAGACACGUGUAUAAACUUAACCUAACAGAUUUUUUUUUUUCAGUUAUGUGCAAUUAAGUUGUAUAAAAGUCAAAAAUUAACUGGUCUCUGUGCAUACA